CUGAAGGAAGAGAAGGAAGCCAAGCGGGCGCGUUUGGACGGUAGGCAUGACUACCUAUUUGGGAUUGUAGCUUCCUGCGUGGACUUGAACAAAGCCGAGGUGGAGGAUGCCAUUCUUGAGGGGAGUCAGAUUGAAAGAAUUGAUCGGCUUUUUGCUGUUGGAGGUCUUCGUCACCUCAUGUUUUACUAUCAGGAUGUGGAGGUAGCAGAAACAGGACAACCAAGCUCUUCAGGAGGAGUAAAUCCUAUUUCUGCAAAGACUAAAAAACCUAAAGUGUUCGUGACGGAGGGAAAAGAUGUUGCUCUGACUGGAGUAUGUGUGUUCUUCAUCAGGCCCGACCCUUCCAGAGCCAUCACCCCCGAGAACAUCCACCGGGAGGUGAGCUUUAACAUGUUGGAUGCUGCAGAUGGGGGCCUGCUCAAUAGCAUGCGGCGUUUGCUGUCGGACAUCUUCAUUCCCGCGCUCAGGGCCAUGGGCCAGGGCUGGGGUGAGCUUGAGGGGCUUCAGGAAGCACCCGCCAUUCGGCAGGAGUUCCUGAGCUCUCUGGAAGGCUUUGUGAGCGUCCUGUCGGGCGCGCAGGAGAGUUUGAAGGAGAAGGUGAACCUUCAAAAGUGUGACAUAUUUGAACUGAAAACCCUGAAAGAACCGAUAGACUACGUGACUCUAGCUAAUAACCCCGAGACUUUGGGAAAAAUAGAAGGUUGUAUGAAAGUAUGGAUCAAACAAGUAGAACAGGUCCUCGCGGAAAACAAUCAGCUGCGGAGGGAAGCGGAUGACCUUGGGCCCCGAGCGGAGUUGGAGCACUGGAAAAAGAGACUGUCCAAGUUUAACUACCUUUUGGAUCAAUUGAAAAGCCCAGAUGUGAAGGCUGUGUUGGCAGUGCUUGCUGCUGCCAAGUCGAAACUUCUGAAGACUUGGCGGGAGAUGGAUAUUCGAAUCACCGAUGCAGCUAACGAGGCAAAGGACAAUGUCAAAUAUUUGUACACACUUGAAAAAUGCUGUGACCCCUUGUACAGCAGUGACCCUAUAUCCAUGAUUGAUGCUAUUCCUACACUUAUAAAUGCAAUUAAAAUGAUCUAUAGUAUCUCUCAUUAUUAUAACACCUCUGAGAAGAUUACGUCUCUGUUUGUAAAGGUGACCAAUCAGAUGAUAUCUGCAUGUAAAGCUUAUAUUACGAACAAUGGAACCGCUUCUGUGUGGAGCCAGCCACAGGAUGUUGUUGUGGAAAAAAUAUUAUCUGCAAUUAAACUUAAGCAGGAAUACCAGCUCUGCUUUCACAAAACAAAACAAAAGCUUAAACAAGAUCCAAAUGAAAAACAAUUUGAAUUCAGCGAGAUGUAUAUUUUUGGAAAAUUUGAAACUUUCCACCGACGUCUUGCUAAGAUAUUAGACAUCUUUACAGCCUUUAAGACAUACUCGGUCCUGCAAGAUUCGAAAAUUGAAGGGCUGGAAGACAUGGUCACUAAAUACCAGGGUAUUGUUGCCACCAUAAAGAAGAAGGAAUAUAAUUUCUUAGACCAGCGGAAAGUGGAUUUUGACCAGGAUUAUGAACAGUUUUGCAAGCAGACUGAUGACCUUCAUAAAGAGUUGCAGAACUUCAUGGAUGUUACAUUUGAAAAGAUUAGAAACACAAAUCAAGCUCUAAGUAUGUUAAAGAAAUUUGAAAGAUUGAAUAUACCCAAUCUUGGUAUUGAUGACAAAUAUCGGUGCAUCCUCAAAAACUAUGGGGCUGACAUUGAUAUGAUUGCAAAGCUGUAUACAAAGCAGAAGUGUGAUCCUCCGUUGGCCCGAGACCAGCCUCCCAUUGCCGGGAAGAUUCUGUGGGCCCGUCAGCUCUUCCACAGGAUUCAGCAACCAAUGCAGCUUUUCCAGCAGCACCCCAGCGUGCUUCGGACGGCGGAAGCCAGACCCGUGAUCCGUAACUACAACAGGGUGGCCAAGGUACUCCUGGAGUUUGAGGUUCUCUACCACAGGGCGUGGCUUCAACAAAUUGAAGGAAUUCACAUAGGACUUGAGGCUUCUUUAUUGGUGAAGGCUCCAGGCACGGGAGAAUUGUUUGUAAACUUUGACCCUCAGAUAUUGACCUUUUUUAGAGAAACAGAGUGCAUGUCACAGAUGGGUCUGGAGGUUUCAUCCCUGGCAGCUGCCCUUUUCCAGAAGCGGGAUAUCUGGCUAUUGACCCCCAUUUCAUUGCAGAUGAUGCUGGCUGAAUAUCAGAGAGUGAAGUCAAAAAUGCCUCCCAUCAUAGAGCCACUGAUGGUCCCUCACUUGGCUAAAGUGGACGAGGCUCUCCAACCCGGCCUGGCCGCACUGACCUGGACAUCCCUGAACAUUGAGACAUACUUGAAACACGCUUUUGCUAAGAUCAAGGACCUGGAAUUGCUGGUUGACAGGGUCAACGAUUUGAUCGAGUUCCGCAUUGAUGCGGUUCUGGAAGAAAUGAGCAGCACGGCUCUUUGUCAGCUCCCCCAGGAGGAGCCGCUUACCUGCGAAGAGUUUCUCCAAAUGACAAAGGACCUUUGUGUAAAUGGUGCUCAGAUACUACACUUUAAAAGCUCAUUAGUGGAGGAAGCAGUCAAUGAGCUAAUAAAUAUGUUGCUAGAUGUGGAAGUUCCAUUCAAAGAAGAAAGUGAAAAAGUCUCCAAUGUGAAUGGUGCUGAUUCAAAAAACAAAAGUUCAGUAACAGCAAAAAGAGAAGGACAUUCCGACACCUCGACAUCUUCCCUUAAUGCUGACUCAGGCUUCCUGCCUUUGGUGACAAUCACGAGAAAGAAGAAAGAGGCUGAGAUCUUAGAGGAAGAAGCCUGCGAGUUGCUCUCUCAUUUCAAUCACCAAAACAUGGAUGCUCUUCUGAAGGUUACAAGGAAUACACUAGAGGCCAUUCGCAAGCGAAUUCAUUCAUCCAACACGAUUAGCUUCCGGGAUAGUAACAGUGCAUCUCAGAUGAAGCCGAAUGGUCGGCCCAUUUUCCGGGCAGGCAUCACUCUGGCCAUUCCCAACAUUUCCAUGGUCCCUGCUCUGGAGGAUGUACAGCAAACGCUGAACAAAGCUGUGGAGUGCAUCGUCAACGUCACCAAAGGGGUUAGACAAUGGAGCAGUGAGCCGUGGUCCAAGAGAAAGAUGCAUGAAAGAAAAAUGGUUGCUUUGCAGAAUAAGGAAGACAGUGAUUCUGAUGUUGAAAUGGGAGAAAACGAACCUCAAGAUACCUUUGAGAUAGCAUCUGUGAACUUACCCAUUCCUGUGCAACCCAGGAACUACUAUAAGAGUGUUUCUGACAACAAAGAUAUUGUAAAAUUAGUCUCUGUGCUUGGCACUAUCAUCAACUCCACCAAGAAGGAAAUUAUUGCAUCCAUGGAUUGCUUCAAAUGCUACAAUCACAUUUGGCAAAAGGAGAAAGAAGAAACCCUCAUGACGUUUAUUAUGAAAAACCCCUUGCUUCCUGAAUUUGAAUCCCAGAUUCUCUAUUUCCAAAACCUAGAGCAGAAGAUUAAUGCUGAGCCUGAAUAUAUCUCUGUCGGCACCAUUGCUCUGUACACAGCUGACUUGAAGUUCACCUUGACGUCUGAGACAAAGGCCUGGAUGGUUGUCAUCGGCCGUCACUGUAACAAAAAAUAUAGGAGUGAGAUGGAAAAUGUUUUUGCACUUGUUGAAGAGUUCAGUAAGAAAUUGAAUCGUCCAAUUAAAGACCUAGAUGAUAUUCGGAUUGCUAUGGUGGCACUGAAGGAAAUCAGGGAGCAGCAGAUUGUCAUUGACUUUCAAAUAGGACCCAUCGAGGAAUCCUAUGCCCUACUUAACAAAUAUGGGCUUCUGAUAGCAAAGGAGGAGAUGGACAAAGUUGAUACUCUGCAUUAUGCCUGGGAGAAGCUUCUGGCACGUGCCAGUGAAGUUCAGAAUGAACUAGCCUCACUGCAGCCUGGUUUCAGGAAAGAGCUUAUUAGUACUGUGGAGGUCUUCUUCCAAGACUGUCAGCAGUUCUAUUUGGACUAUGAUUUGAAUGGCCCAAUGGCUAGCGGCUUGAAACCCCAGGAAGCCAGUGAUAGGCUUAUCAUGUUUCAGAAUCAAUUUGAUAAUAUCUAUCGGAAGUACAUCACCUAUACUGGGGGAGAGGAGCUUUUUGGUCUGCCAGUUACCCAGUAUCCUCAGCUUCUCGAAAUAAAGAAGCAACUAAAUCUUCUCCAGAAAAUAUACACUCUGUACAACAGCGUUAUAGAAGCUGUAAAUAGCUACCACGAUAUUCUGUGGUCAGAAGUAAAUAUUGAAAAAAUCAACAAUGAACUUUUAGAGUUCCAGAACAGAUGUCGGAAGCUGCCCCGGGCAGCAAAGGACUGGCAGGCUUUUCUGGAUCUGAAGAAGACCAUCGAUGAUUUCAGCGAGUGCUGCCCCCUGCUGGAACACAUGGCCAGCAAGGCCAUGAUGGACAGGCACUGGGCAAGGAUAACUGCUCUCACUGGGCAUAGUCUGGAUGUGGGGAAUGAAACUUUUAAGUUAAGGAACAUCAUGGAGGCACCUCUUCUGAAAUACAAAGAGGAAAUAGAGGACAUCUGCAUCGGUGCCGUGAAAGAGAGAGACAUUGAGCAAAAGCUGAAGCAAGUGGUGAACGAAUGGGACAGCAAAACCUUCACAUUUGGCAGCUUUAAAACUCGCGGAGAACUCCUCCUGCGAGGAGACAGCACCUCGGAAAUCAUCGCCAGCAUGGAGGACAGCUUGAUGUUGCUGGGCUCCCUACUGAGCAACAGGUACAAUAUGCCAUUCAAAGCCCAGAUUCAGAAAUGGGUGCAGUUACUUUCCAACUCGACAGACAUCAUCGAGAACUGGAUGCUGGUGCAGAACCUGUGGAUUUACUUAGAGGCCGUCUUUGUGGGAGGAGAUAUUGCCAAGCAACUUCCCAAGGAAGCCAAGCGCUUUUCCAAUAUAGAUAAGUCUUGGGUGAAGAUCAUGAAUCGGGCACACGAAAUGCCAAAUGUGGUUCAGUGUUGUGUCGGAGAUGAAACCAUGGGGCAGCUAUUACCACACUUGCUGGACCAGUUGGAAAUAUGCCAGAAAUCCCUUACUGGAUACUUGGAGAAAAAACGACUUUGCUUUCCUCGCUUCUUCUUCGUCUCGGACCCGGCCCUUCUGGAGAUUCUGGGGCAGGCCUCGGAUGCGCACACUAUACAAGCCCACCUGCUGAAUGUGUUUGACAACAUUAAAAGUGUCAAGUUCCAUGAGAAGAUCUAUGAUCGCAUUCUGUCAAUUUCCUCUCGAGAGGGUGAGACGAUUGAAUUGGAUAAACCUGUGAUGGCAGAGGGCAAUGUGGAAGUUUGGCUCAAUUCUCUCCUGGAGGAAUCUCAGUCCUCAUUACAUCAUGUGAUUCGCCAGGCAGCUGAAAAUAUUCAAGAAACAAGUUUCCAACUGAUUGAAUUUCUUUCUUCCUUCCCUGCUCAGGUUGGAUUAUUAGGAAUUCAGAUGAUAUGGACACGGGAUUCAGAAGAAGCCCUUAGAAAUGCCAAGUUUGAUAAAAAAAUCAUGCAGAAAACCAAUCAGUCUUUCUUGGAGCUGCUGAACACAUUGAUAGACCUCACAACCAAGGAUCUGAGCUCCAUGGAACGAGUUAAAUAUGAGACUUUGAUCACUAUUCACGUGCACCAACGGGAUAUCUUUGAUGACCUGUGUCAGAUGCAUAUCAAGAGCCCUACAGACUUUGAGUGGCUGAAACAGUGCAGAUUUUAUUUUAAGGAAGAUUCUGACAAGAUGAUGAUUCACAUCACAGAUGUGGCUUUCAUAUACCAGAAUGAAUUUUUAGGCUGCACUGACAGGCUUGUCAUAACUCCACUCACAGACAGGUGUUACAUCACGUUGGCCCAGGCUCUGGGAAUGAGCAUGGGAGGAGCCCCCGCUGGACCUGCAGGAACGGGCAAAACAGAAACCACCAAGGAUAUGGGACGAUGUCUUGGGAAAUAUGUUGUGGUUUUCAAUUGUUCGGACCAGAUGGAUUUCCGAGGGCUUGGACGGAUUUUUAAAGGACUGGCACAGUCUGGAUCCUGGGGUUGUUUUGAUGAAUUUAAUCGUAUCGAUCUACCAGUUCUCUCAGUUGCAGCCCAGCAAAUUUCCAUUAUUUUGACAUGCAAAAAGGAGCAUAAGACAUCUUUUAUUUUUACUGAUGGAGAUAGAGUGACUAUGAACCCUGAAUUUGGACUUUUUCUAACCAUGAAUCCUGGCUAUGCUGGGCGGCAGGAACUCCCCGAAAACUUGAAGAUUAACUUCCGCUCCGUGGCCAUGAUGGUCCCUGACCGUCAGAUUAUCAUAAGGGUGAAGUUGGCUAGCUGCGGCUUCAUUGACAACAUUGUUUUGGCCAGGAAGUUUUUCACGCUCUACAAGCUAUGUGAAGAGCAGCUUUCUAAGCAGAUCGAUGAGGAUGAACCCUUAUUUUUGAGUUUGAUUGAAGAUCUCUUCCCAAAUAUUCUUCUGGACAAGGCAGGCUACCCUGAGCUGGAGGCGGCAAUUGAUAGGCAGGUGGAAGAAGCUGGUUUAAUCAGCCAUCCUCCUUGGAAACUGAAAGUCAUCCAGCUGUUUGAAACACAGAGAGUGCGGCAUGGAAUGAUGACCCUGGGGCCUAGUGGAGCAGGGAAAACCACCUGCAUCCACACCUUGAUGAAAGCCAUGACAGAUUGUGGAAAACCACACCGGGAAAUGAGGAUGAACCCCAAAGCGAUUACGGCCCCACAGAUGUUUGGUCGGCUCGACGUGGCCACGAACGACUGGACUGAUGGGAUAUUUUCUACUCUUUGGAGGAAAACAUUGAGAGCUAAGAAAGGGGAGCAUAUCUGGAUAGUUCUUGAUGGUCCAGUCGAUGCCAUCUGGAUUGAAAAUCUGAACUCUGUUUUGGAUGAUAACAAAACUCUAACCCUUGCCAAUGGCGAUCGGAUUCCCAUGGCUCCAAACUGCAAGAUUAUUUUUGAGCCUCAUAACAUUGACAAUGCUUCUCCUGCUACCGUCUCAAGGAAUGGAAUGGUUUUCAUGAGUUCUUCUAUCCUGGAUUGGAGUCCUAUUCUGGAGGGCUUUCUUAAAAAACGCUCACCUCAAGAAGCUGAAAUCCUUCGGCAGCUGUACACCAAAUCUUUCCCCGCCCUGUAUCGCUUCAGUAUUCAGAACUUAGAACACAAGAUGGAGAUGCUCGAGGCCUUUGUCAUCAUGCAGAGCAUUAACAUGCUGCAAGGUCUGAUCCCUCCGAAGGAACAGGGUGUGGAGGUCACGCCAGGGCACCUGGGAAGGCUGUAUGUCUUCUCCCUGAUGUGGAGCAUGGGGGCCCUGCUGGAGCUGGGGGGUCGGCGCCGGCUGGAGCACUGGCUGUGGUCUCAGGAAGCACUGGCCUUGGACCUGCCGCCUGUAUCCGGGACCAACGACACCAUGUUUGACUAUUACGUCACAUCUGAUGGUAAAUGGAUGCACUGGAACACCUGUACCGAGGAAUAUGAGUACCCACCUGACACCACCCCAGAAUAUGGCUCCAUCCUGGUGCCGAAUGUGGACAAUGUGAGGACGGACUUCCUAAUUAAAACCAUCGCUAAACAGGGCAAGGCUGUGCUGUUAAUCGGUGAGCAAGGAACAGCUAAGACAGUCAUAAUGAAAGGAUUUAUGUCAAAAUACAAUCCUGAAAGUCACAUGACCAAGAGUCUGAACUUUUCUUCUGCAACCACCCCACUCAUGUUUCAGAGGACAGUAGAGAGUUAUGUGGAUAAACGCAUGGGUACAACAUAUGGCCCUCCUGCAGGAAAGAAGAUGACUGUUUUUAUCGAUGAUGUGAAUAUGCCAAUUAUCAAUGAGUGGGGAGACCAGGUUACUAACGAGAUAGUACGGCAGCUGAUGGAACAGAGUGGUUUUUAUAACCUAGAGAAGCCUGGGGAGUUUACCAGCAUUGUGGACAUUCAGCUUUUGGCAGCCAUGAUCCAUCCGGGGGGUGGACGCAAUGAUAUACCCCAAAGACUCAAGAGGCAGUUCUCUAUAUUUAACUGCACGUUGCCCUCGGAUGCUUCCAUGGACAAGAUCUUUGGUGUCAUUGGGACAGGCUACUACUGUAUGCAAAGGGGUUUCUCAGAGGAAGUGAGAGAUUCAGUGACAAAACUGGUUCCCCUGACACGCCGACUGUGGCAGAUGACGAAGAUGAAAAUGCUCCCCACCCCUGCAAAAUUCCAUUACGUAUUUAACCUUCGAGAUCUUUCCAGGAUCUGGCAGGGAAUGCUGAACACCACCUCAGAGGUUAUCAAGGAACCAGAUGAACUGUUAAGGCUCUGGAAGCAUGAGUGUAAACGCGUGAUAGCUGAUCGUUUCACGGUGUCAGACGAUGUGACCUGGUUUGAUAAGGCUUUAGUAAGUUUGGUGGAGGAGGCGUUUGGUGAAGAGAAAAAACUCUUGGUGGAUUGUGGAAUCGACGCUUAUUUUGUGGAUUUCUUGAGGGAUGCACCCGAAUUGACAGGAGAAACAUCUGAAGAGGCUGAUACUGAGAUGCCCAAAGUUUAUGAGCCAAUUGAGUCUUUUGAUCACCUAAAGGAGCGUUUGAAUAUGUUCCUGCAGCUCUAUAAUGAGAGUGUCCGUGGUGCCGGCAUGGAUUUGGUGUUCUUCGAGGAUGCGAUGGUCCACUUAGUCAAGAUCUCACGCAUCAUUCGCACUCCCCGGGGAAAUGCCCUCUUAGUUGGGGUUGGUGGAUCGGGAAAGCAAAGCCUGACAAGGUUGGCUUCGUUCAUUGCUGGCUAUACUUUCUUCCAGAUCACACUGACAAGAUCCUACAACACAUCAAAUCUGAUGGAAGACCUGAAAAUUUUGUAUAGAACAGCUGGUCAGCAAGGCAAAGGAAUCACUUUUAUUUUCACGGACAGUGAGAUUAAGGAUGAGUCAUUUUUGGAAUAUAUGAACAACGUUUUAUCAUCGGGUGAGGUCUCCAACCUAUUUGCUCGUGAUGAAGUUGAUGAAAUUAACAGUGAUCUCAUACCAGUCAUGAAAAGAGAACACCCCAGACGUCCUCCGACCAACGAGAACCUGUAUGAGUACUUCAUGAGUCGGGUCCGGCAGAACCUCCACAUUGUGCUCUGCUUUUCGCCGGUGGGGGAGAAAUUUCGAAAUCGAGCUUUGAAGUUCCCUGCCCUGAUUUCAGGAUGCACUGUUGACUGGUUCAGCCGAUGGCCGAAGGACGCCUUAAUUGCUGUGUCUGAACACUUCCUCUCUUCCUAUGAUAUUGACUGCAGUCUGAAAACCAAGAAGGAAGUGGUCCAGUGCAUGGGCUCCUUCCAGGAUGGGGUAGCUGAGAAGUGUGUUGAUUAUUUCCAGAGAUUCCGACGUUCUACCCACGUGACUCCCAAGUCAUAUCUGUCCUUCAUUCAGGGUUACAAGUUCAUAUAUGGAGAGAAGCAUGUGGAAGUGCAAACUCUGGCCAACAGAAUGAAUACUGGAUUGAAAAAGCUAAAAGAAGCUUCAGAGUCUGUUGCAGCUCUGAGCAAAGAACUGGAAGUGAAAGAAAAGGAGCUACAAGUGGCAAACUAUAAAGCUGACACGGUCUUAAAAGAAGUGACGAUGAAGGCACAGGCUGCCGAGAAGGUGAAGGCUGAGGUACAGAAGGUAAAGGACAAAGCACAAGCCAUUGUAGACGGCAUCUCUAAGGACAAAGCCAUUGCAGAAGAGAAACUGGAAGCAGCCAAACCAGCGUUAGAAGAAGCAGAAGCAGCCCUGCAGACCAUCAAGCCUUCGGACAUUGCCACCGUCCGCACGCUGGGCCGGCCCCCUCACCUCAUCAUGAGGAUCAUGGAUUGUGUGCUGCUGCUGUUUCAAAGGAAAGUCAAUGCAGUGAAAAUUGACCCGGAAAAAAGCUGUACAAUUCCUUCCUGGCAGGAAUCUUUAAAACUGAUGACUGCAGGGAACUUUUUACAGAACCUACAGCAAUUCCCAAAAGACACAAUCAAUGAAGAAGUGAUAGAAUUUUUAGGUCCUUACUUUGAAAUGGCAGACUACAACAUCGAAACUGCUAAACGUGUAUGUGGGAAUGUGGCCGGUCUUUGCUCCUGGACCAAAGCCAUGGCGUCCUUUUUUUCUAUAAACAGAGAAGUGUUGCCUCUGAAGGCCAACCUGGUGGUGCAGGAGAAUCGCUACGUCGUGGCCAUGCAGGACCUGCAGAAGGCCCAGGCGGAGCUGGACGACAAGCAGGCAGAGCUGGAUGUGGUGCAGGCCGAGUACGAACAGGCCAUGACGGAAAAGCAGACCUUGCUUGAAGAUGCUGAGCGGUGCAGACGUAAGAUGCAGACUGCCUCUGCACUGAUCGGUGGCUUGGCAGGAGAAAAAGAAAGAUGGACAGAGCAGAGUAAAGAGUUUGCUGCACAAACUAAAAGACUUGUAGGGGAUGUAUUGUUGGCCACGGCUUUUCUGUCUUAUUCUGGUCCAUUUAACCAAGAAUUUCGCAAUCUGAUGUUAAAUGACUGGCAGAAGGAAAUGAAAGCCCGGGAGAUUCCAUUUGCUGACAAUCUGAAUCUCAACGAGAUGUUGAUUGAUGCUCCUACGAUUAGUGAAUGGAACCUCCAAGGCCUACCAAAUGACGAUUUAUCCAUUCAGAACGGAAUUAUUGUCACAAAGGCAUCUCGCUAUCCGUUGUUAAUUGAUCCACAGACUCAAGGCAAGAUCUGGAUUAAAAAUAAAGAAAGCCAAAAUGAACUCCAGAUCACAUCUCUAAACCACAAGUACUUCAGGAACCACCUGGAGGACAGUCUUUCUCUUGGAAGGCCCUUGCUGAUCGAAGAUGUUGGGGAGGAACUAGAUCCAGCCCUGGAAAAUGUGUUGGAGAGAAACUUCAUUAAGACUGGAUCUACCUUUAAGGUGAAAGUCAGUGACAAGGAAGUAGAUGUGAUGCAUGGCUUCAGACUCUACAUUACCACCAAACUGCCCAACCCAGCCUACACCCCUGAAAUAAGUGCUCGAACCUCCAUCAUUGACUUCACUGUCACUAUGAAAGGUCUAGAAGACCAGUUACUGGGCAGAGUCAUUCUCACAGAGAAGCAGGAAUUGGAGAAAGAAAGAACUCAUCUUAUGGAAGAUGUGACCGCAAACAAAAGAAGAAUGAAGGAGCUAGAAGAUAAUUUGCUUUACCGGCUGACGAGUACCCAGGGGUCCCUGGUGGAAGACGAGGGUCUCAUUAUUGUGCUGAGUAACACAAAAAAGACCGCCGAAGAGGUGACACAGAAGCUGGAAAUUUCAGCUGAUACAGAAAUUCAAAUUAACUCAGCCCGGGAGGAGUACAGACCUGUGGCUACUCGGGGCAGCAUCCUCUACUUCCUCAUCACCGAGAUGCGCUUGGUUAAUGAGAUGUAUCAGACUUCGCUCCGCCAGUUUCUGGGCUUAUUUGACCUUUCCUUAGCCAGGUCUGUCAAGAGCCCAAUUACAAGCAAAAGAAUUGCUAAUAUCAUAGAACACAUGACCUAUGAGGUCUAUAAGUAUGCUGCCCGGGGCUUGUACGAGGAGCACAAAUUCCUGUUCACCUUGUUGCUUACACUGAAGAUUGACAUCCAGAGGAACUGGGUCAAGCAUGAGGAGUUUCUCACCCUUAUUAAAGGUGGUGCCUCAUUGGACCUUAAAGCUUGUCCUCCUAAACCAGCUAAAUGGAUCCUGGACAUGACCUGGUUGAAUUUGGUGGAACUCAGCAAACUUAGACAGUUUUCAGAUGUCCUUGAUCAGAUAUCAAGAAAUGAGAAAAUGUGGAAAAUUUGGUUUGAUAAGGAAAACCCUGAGGAGGAACCUCUUCCAAAUGCCUAUGAUAAAUCUCUUGACUGCUUUAGACGCCUUCUUCUUAUUAGAUCCUGGUGUCCUGACAGAACCAUUGCCCAGGCCCGCAAGUACAUCAUGGACUCCAUGGGAGAAAACUAUGCCGAAGGGGUCAUCCUGGACUUGGAAAAGACGUGGGAGGAAUCUGAUCCACGGACACCACUCAUCUGUCUCCUGUCUAUGGGCUCAGAUCCCACGGAUUCCAUCAUCGCCCUGGGGAAGAGAUUAAAAAUAGAAACCCGUUAUGUGUCCAUGGGCCAAGGCCAGGAGGUCCAUGCUCGCAAACUCUUGCAGCAGACUAUGGCAAACGGAGGAUGGGCACUUCUGCAGAACUGCCACCUAGGACUCGAUUUCAUGGAUGAGCUAAUGGACAUGGUUACAGAAACUGAGAUGGUACACGCUGCUUUCCGCCUGUGGAUGACCACUGAGGUUCAUAAGCAGUUUCCCAUCACACUCCUGCAAAUGGCCAUUAAAUUUGCCAAUGAGCCUCCGCAGGGCCUCCGGGCAGGGCUGAAGAGAACGUAUGGCGGUGUGAGCCAAGACCUGCUGGAUGUGAGCACGGUGGCCCAGUGGAAGCCCAUGCUGUACGCAGUGGCGUUCCUGCACUCCACGGUCCAGGAGAGGCGGAAGUUUGGUCCCCUAGGGUGGAACAUCCCUUAUGAAUUUAAUCAAGCGGACUUUAAUGCCACCGUGCAGUUCAUCCAAAACCACUUGGAUGACAUGGAUAUCAAAAAGGGUGUCUCCUGGUCUACUGUCCGCUACAUGAUAGGCGAAAUUCAAUAUGGAGGCAGAGUCACCGAUGACUAUGAUAAGAGACUGUUGAAUACAUUUGCUAAGGUUUGGUUCAGUGAAAAUAUGUUUGCACCGGAUUUCAGCUUUUACCAAGGAUACAAUAUUCCAAAAUGCAGCACAGUGGAUAACUAUCUUCACUAUAUCCAGAGUUUGCCCACCUACGACAGCCCCGAGGUCUUCGGGCUGCACCCCAAUGCCGACAUCACCUACCAGAGCAAGCUGGCCAAGGACGUGCUGGACACCAUCCUGGGCAUCCAGCCCAAGGACAGCUCUGGUGGCGGGGAUGAGACCCGGGAGGCCGUGGUGGCCCGGCUGGCCGACGACAUGCUGGAGAAGCUCCCCCCUGACUAUGGCCCAUUUGAGGUAAGAGAGAGGCUUCAAAAGAUGGGUGCAUUCCAGCCGAUGAACAUUUUCCUGAGGCAGGAGAUAGACAGAAUGCAGAGGGUGCUCACGCUGGUCCGCAGCACCCUGACCGAGCUGAAGCUUGCCAUCGAUGGCACCAUCAUCAUGAGUGAAAACCUUCGGGAUGCACUGAAUUGCAUGUUUGAUGCCAGAAUUCCUGCUCAGUGGAAAAAAGCGUCGUGGGUUUCAAGUACGUUGGGUUUCUGGUUUACUGAACUUUUAGAAAGAAACUGCCAGUUUACCUCCUGGGUUUUCAAUGGCCGACCUCACUGCUUCUGGAUGACCGGCUUCUUUAACCCCCAAGGAUUUUUGACUGCAAUGCGGCAGGAGAUAACUCGGGCCAACAAAGGCUGGGCUCUGGACAAUAUGGUGCUUUGCAAUGAAGUCACCAAGUGGAUGAAGGAUGACAUCGCUGCCCCUCCCACAGAGGGUGUGUACGUCUAUGGCUUGUAUCUUGAAGGCGCUGGCUGGGACAAGAGGAACAUGAAGCUCAUCGAGUCCAAACCAAAAGUGCUCUUUGAGUUGAUGCCUGUCAUAAGGAUUUAUGCAGAAAACAACACUCUAAGAGAUCCUCGGUUUUACUCCUGUCCCAUCUAUAAGAAGCCGGUCCGAACGGACUUGAAUUACAUCGCUGCUGUGGACCUCAGGACGGCCCAGACUCCUGAACACUGGGUGCUCCGUGGGGUCGCCCUCCUCUGUGAUGUCAAGUAAUAUGGGGCUUGUCCCCCACCCAGUACUUUGGAAAAUGCAGCCUACAGAUGACCAGACCCUUUAUCUUCUAUGAGCAAUGAACACUGUGUAAAUCUGGUUGAUCAUGAUUAAUGAGCUGCAUAGGGUUUCCUUCUCCUCAGUCGGAUGCUUAAUUACAUUUAACCGGUUUCAUCAUUAAUGACCGAUCACUGUGUUUGCUGAAAAGUUGCUUGGAGAUUUAAAAGUAAAAUUUAUAACUUCCUAAUGAAGCGUGGCCCUCAAAUCCACAGUAAUAUAUUUUUUCCUCCUUGAAGUCUAAGGACUGACUAGGUUGAGCAGAUGGUAUUUUCCUUGAAAGGAUUAUUCUUCUGUUAAUGUGCUUCUGGUGACAGCCCCGUUCUCUAAGGUGACACGGCAAGUUUGUGCUGAUUUUGCUUUAUUUGCCUUUUGCAUUUAGGUCAGGUUGAGAGAUUUAUGUUCAUGGCUCAAGCAGCCAAUUAAAAAAAGACCUCUUAAAAAAUAGAAGGACAUAGAAGACUGGAAUAAGAAUGUGAUUGGGUGAAUACACAAUUCAUGUAAUCCUGAAGAAUUAACAUGUAGAAUCAUGUUCAACUCCACUGAUAAUUAAUAAUGAGAUACUAAUUGAUAUCUGUUAUAAGAAAAAAAAUGAAAGCUAGAAGUAAAUUGUGGUGAAGUCUUUGUCAAAUGAUUCAAUCAAGACUCCUAGAGCAAUGUAAAUUGACCCAUCCUUUUUGUAAAAUAAUUAAGUAACUAAGCUCAGAAAGAGCCAUAAAAAAGUUCACAGGCUUUGAUUCUUAUUUUCUCUCCUGGAAAUCUAUACUAAGGAAACCAUUUAAAAGACCUAACAAAUUCAUGUGCAAAAAUGUAUUCAAUAACAGAAAUAAAUGAAAAAUACCCUAAAGGUUCAAUACUAAGGCUAUGUUUAAGGAAAUUAGGAGAUAUUAGGCAGCCAUGAACAGCAGUAUUAAACAUUUAAUAAUAUAGAAAUGGUAAGCACAUAUUAACUUAAAGAUAGUUAACAAAAUAUUGAGUACUGUGAUUAUAACUGUAAAAUGUAUUUAGACAAUAACAUGGAAAAAAAAACAGACAUGAUAGCACGGUAAAGGUUUCUGUUGACUUAAAAAAUAUAAUGAUUGUAAGAAAAAAAUAGGGAAAGAAUAAAAGUCUUAGAUGGUGUAUGGGGACUUCACAUGGGCUUUCAUUAUUUAAGGAAGUUUUCAUAUAUUUUUUAUUUUAAAUUCAGUUCUAGGCAUAAAUUAUGAACCACUUCAUUUAUAACCUAUUGACUAGAAAACUUGGUCAGUAUUAAAUUAGAAUUGUGUUUUACAAAUGUUACCUUUAGUUCUGCAUUACUUGUUUCUACAUAAAAGGUUUCAUCGGGAUGGAGGGUUAUAGGGAGACAGGUGUAAUCCCUCUCACUAGGCUUCACUCUGUGAUAAGUAUGAAUUUAUGCUAAUUAUGAUGAGUUAGACCUGAGUGGUUCAUGUGGCUCCUACCCAUCUUCUACCUUGACACCCAAAUCGCUGAUUUGAUUCUCUGUGUCACCCAACCUACUGUUUAUUCCUUCCAGUGUAUGCUUUAUUUCAACUAUUGUAUUCUCCAUUUCAGAUUAAUCCUUUUUUUAUGGACUCCUACCCUUCUUGGAUGAUGCUGUUUUUAUUUGAGCAGUUUCUUUUUGUCUGAGUUAAUAUAUCAGUUGAUUUUUGUAGAUUGUAGUCAAGCCAUCAUUUUAUUUUGAAGAACAUAUAAUGAAAAUGUGAAAAUAAUGAGAAUUAAUAAAUUUUUUUAAAUGAA